CUUACAGUAAUGGAAGCCAAAGAAGAUGCCUCAAUAUCUCUCCUUCAUCAAACCACAAACAUCCCAAAUGACUCCUUCAACUUAGCAUACAUAAUAUACUUCAUACUAGGAACAGGUUUCCUUCUCCCUUGGAAUGCCUUCAUCACGGCUGUAGACUACUUCAACUACCUCUACCCUGAUCGUAGCGUUAAUCGAAUAUUUGCAGUUGUUUUCCAGUCUGUAUCACUUAUCUGUCUACUCCUCAUCGUCUUCGUUUUCCGCAAGUUCCAUGCCUAUGUUCGUAUCAACAUCGGUUUAGGGCUCUAUUUGGUUGCCCUCCUUGUAGUGCCUCUCAUGGAUUGGUUCUACAUUAAGGGACGAAGUGGGGUCUAUGAAGGGUUUUAUGUGACUGUUGUGGUUGUGGGUCUUUCCGGCGUAGCGAAUGCGCUUGUCCAAGGCGGGGUUAUUGGGUCUGCUGCUGAGUUGCCGGAGCGAUACAUGCAGGCUGUUGUUUCUGGCACUUCUGCCUCAGGUGUCCUUGUUUCGUUGAUGAGGAUCUUUACCAAAGCAGUAUACCCACAAGACAUCCAUGGCUUAAGAAACAGCGCCAUCCUUUACUUCAGCGUUGCAAUUUUAUUCAUGUUCAUUUGUUUUGCCUUAUACAACGUGGUAAGUCGACUUCCUGUUGUCAAACACCACAACAAGCUUCGAAACGAGCAUAGCCUCAACCAGGAAGAAGUUUCCUCAUAUUCCUCAAUUUGGAACAUCAUACAAACAAUCAAAUGGUACGGUCUUGGGGUCACCCUCAUCUACAUUGUCACUCUAUCGAUUUUCCCAGGUUCCGUUACUGAAGAUGUACAUUCCACAGUUCUUAAGGAUUGGUAUGCGAUUCUGUUAAUCACUUGUUACGAUGUGUUUGAUUUAAUUGGCAAGUCUUUGACUGCUGUCUAUUUACUAGACAACACCAAUAUUGCCUUGGGUGCUUGUUUCGCCAGAUUGUUGUUUUAUCCACUGUACUUGGGAUGUUUACAUGGUCCUCAGUUUCUCCGAACUGAGAUUCCUGUUACGAGUUUGACAUCGUUGUUGGGGCUUACAACUGGUUACUUUGCGAGCGUGCUCAUGAUCUUGGCUCCGAAAAUGGUACAGAUUCAGCAUUCAGAAACAGCUGGGAUUUUGAUUGUGGUGUUCUUGAUUCUUGGCUUGGCUAUCGGUUCUGUUUUGUCUUGGUUUUGGAUUCUUUGAUCCAAGGAUUCAUUCCAACAUUCAAAAGGUAUGUCUCAACAUGAAUAUUAAAUUACACUUGUAUAGUUGUAUUGUACUUCGUAUUACAUAACCAAGUUUUAAUAUGAAACAGUUGACAGUUACAAAUUACAUUA